CAGAAAAGGAGACAUAGAAGAGGAAGAAGAAAAAUAGGAGAAAAAAUAAAAAAUGGCAUCUUCUACCUCAUCCUCUGCCUUUCUCCUCCUCCAUGGCCUCGCUUCUGCUUCUCCCUCGAAGGCUUCUGCUUUCUUCGCUUCCCCCAUCAGCCCCUCCUUCCCACUCUCGACCUCCACCUCCAUCAACGCGUCCUCUCCGCGGCGGCCCUUGCCCCCUGCUCCUCGCGCCACCGGCCGCGGCGGUGACAAGGACAACCGCGUGCAGGAGCUGAGGGUGCCUGAUUCCUGGCUCACGCCCGGAGGAGCAGCGCAGGAAUCCGAAUGGCUGAGGGGAACGCUACACAAGUGGCUGGACGACGAGUACUGCCCCGAGCCGGCCAACGUGGACAUCAGCAACACGGCCGCAAGGUCGUACCACGAGUCCCUCACGGCGAAGCAGUCUGAUGUGGGGGAGAUCCUGAUGAAGAUGGUCGGAGAUCUGCAGGAGCUGUCGUACCAGGAGAGCUUCCACGGGGCCUUCUCCGCCGCCAACGCCGCGGUGCGCUUGAUAACGCAGAGGAUGGAGUCGUCAGCCGGUGAGUGAUCGUUGACAGACAGAGCUAGCCGAACCGGCAAUGGGUGGCUCAAGUUGUCUGGCUGCCCCGACCAUCAUUGUGUUUAGUGGUCGAACGGGAAGGCAAUCUGCUUUGUUUCACUGCAGAUUAGCUUUGUGAAUUACCUGGCGUUGGCAAGUGGUCUGUUCAAUUUGAAUCAAAGUGACAUACCGUGUCCUGCUCGACCGAUGUUAAUAGUACGUUCUUCUAUGUCGCAUGUUGUUAAUUCUGAGCAAACGAACCAACUUGUGGUUGGAUGAUGGUUAGAGGGACAAUGGUAUUCCCAGCCUAUCAGAAUUCAA